CGAGGCAGCCCAGCCAGAAGCAGUUUCCUGCCGUUCCCUCUACAGUGGCCACCCCCCGCAGGAUCUGAUAACCAAACGAACGAAUCUGUUCUCCGCACUCACCAAGGCGUCUGCACCUCAUAUUUUCGGCGACUUGAACAAACCAAACCCGCGCACCCUCCCGACACGACUAUCUUCAACAAUCGCAAGGCAGAAAAUCCAGCGCAUGCACGGUCGCAUGUAGUCCCCUUCACGAUGUCGACCGACGCUGUCAGCGCUCCAAUCUCGGAGCCUGCACCUGGGCCGGCGCAAUCAACCACUGGCGACUACGACGAGGAGCCAACGCUUGGCCAGAUUGAAUGUGCAAAACCCGCCUUCCUCCACUCGCCACCCGACAGUAAUAAUGCGCCCAAGUCGGAAGCCAGCGAUUCCGAGCUCAGCGACCUCGACGAGGAUGCCGUUGAUCCAUCCGCGCCUGCGAACCAAGAUGAGGCGGCGCCGCCGCCGCCGCCCGAGGACGACAUUGGCGAAGUCCUUCCCGACCACUGGUCCGGGACGGUACCCGUCUUCAAGCCGACGAUGCAUCAGUUCAAGGACUUUAAGCUAUUCAUGACCAAGGUCGAUCAUUAUGGAAUGAAGUCCGGCAUCGUCAAGAUUAUCCCUCCCUCCGAGUGGAAAAACAACCUCCCCCGACUCGACGACCUGGUGAAGCAGAUUCGAGUAAGAGAACCAAUCAAGCAAGACAUCAUGGGAUCGAAUGGAACCUACCGCCAAGUCAAUAUCCUUCAUCAAAGAUCCUAUAAUCUCCCGCAGUGGCGACAACUUUGCGACCAGAGUGAACAUCAACCCCCAGCGAGGCGAGGCGAGCGCCGAGCAAACGUUGAAAAGCCGAAACCCCGAUCCGCCCCCAAAUUUCGUACAGAGGCGAAAUCAACUCCGGCCGGGUCUAAGAAGCGGGGUCGAGGCCGACCGCGCCGGGGUAAAGCUAAGGGCAGGAGUCAAGAAGACGAAGAUGAGGCCCAAGACGAACAAGAGGAUGAGAAGCGACCGAUGACUCCCGUCUCCCCCAAGCCGGAUGCGGAUGUCAAGGUUGAGAAAGAGGAAAUUGUCGACUCCGUGGAAGACCCUGGAAUUCAUGUUGACGAAGAAGAAAUACCAGCCGUGGGCAGAAUGGGCCGUAUGGGUGGCACGAGACAGGCGAAACCAAAGACCCAGACUGUCUCGGCCCGUCGGAAGUAUAGCAAGAGAGAAGGUUCCGCAAUGAUUGACGAAAAGGCGUUCGAGGAUUUUGAUUAUCAGAUGGAUGUCUCUGACUAUACCCCGGAGCGCUGCGAGGAACUCGAGAGGAUAUACUGGAAAACCCUCACGUACGCCCCGCCGCUGUAUGGCGCAGAUCUCAUGGGAACUCUCUUCGACGAGUCAACAGAAAUGUGGAACUUGAACAAGCUUCCCAAUCUGCUGGAUGUUCUCGGGACAAAGGUUCCCGGUGUGAACACGGCUUAUCUCUACUUGGGCAUGUGGAAGGCCACUUUCGCAUGGCACUUGGAGGACGUUGACCUUUACAGCAUCAACUACCUCCACUUUGGCGCCCCGAAACAAUGGUACAGCAUUUCACAAGCCGACGCCCGUCGCUUUGAGGCUGCCAUGAAGAACAUAUGGCCCACGGAUGCCAAGGCUUGCGAUCAAUUCCUUCGCCACAAGGGAUUCUUGAUUUCCCCGUCGCACCUCAAGCAGCACUACAAUAUCACGGUCAAUAAGUGCGUUUCGUACCCUGGUGAAUUUGUCGUCACUUACCCCUACGGCUACCAUUCGGGAUACAACCUGGGCUACAACUGCGCCGAGGCUGUCAACUUCGCGCUCGACUCUUGGCUUCCGAUGGGCAAGAUCGCCAAGCGUUGCGAAUGUGCACAGGCGCAGGACAGUGUUUGGGUUGACGUAUACGAUAUCGAACGAAAACUACGUGGUGAGCCGACUCCCGAGUACGAGGAAACUGACGAAGAAGACGACGAGGACGACGAUGAUGAGGACGAAGACGAUGCUACUGGCCUUCUGUCUCCUCCUGAUAGCAACGGCAUUGUCAAGUCGGCUCGCAAACGAAAGCGCGUCACUGGAGAUAAAGGCAAGACAAGAACCAAGAGAAUCCGUCUCAAGGUCAAGACCCGCGCAGAGCCGACGUGCUGCCUCUGCCCAGGCGACAUUCCUGGCGCAGAAGUCUUGCCAACAGAUGAUGGCCGCAAGGCCCAUCGGAUGUGCGCACUAUACCUGCCCGAAACUUACAUCGAUAUCGUCGACGGAAAGGAGGUCAUUGCGAACGUCGCCAACAUCAACAAGGAACGCCUGGAUCUCAAGUGUCUCUACUGUCGCUCGAAGAAGGGUGCCUGCUUCCAAUGCUCCCAGAAGAAGUGUGCCCGGGCCUACCACGCCACAUGUGCGGCUGCAGCGGGUGUCUUUGUUGAGGAAGCCGAAGUUCCCGUCUUUGGCGAGGACGGAACUGAGUAUAAGGAGCAAGCAUUCGAGUUCAGCUGUCGCUUCCAUCGUACCAAGCGUGAUAGGAAACAUGAUGGUGAUAUCUUGGAGGAUGAUGUGCGCAUUCGCGAUGCUGCGGCAGCGCUGACCAAGGGAGAGAUUUGCCAGUUGCAGUACUUCAAGGGCGACAUCUUUGCUGGUGUCGUGGUUGAGAACCACGCCGAUGAGCAGAUGUUGCUCCUCGACAUUAUCCCCAACGGUGAUCGUCUCGAGGUUGAAUGGAAGUGGCUUUUGCUGCCCGACCCGUCAGACUACCACCUCUCGAAGGCUUCUGUCAAGGCUAUCCCAAUGCCAUCGUCGCAGAAAGCCAAGAAUCAACUCAAUGCGAAGCGUCCUGCUGAUGAAAUCCCCCGGAAGGAUGCUCCAUUCAUCGAGGGCUAUACAUGGGCAGAAUUCCACCCAUGCCAUGAUUGUACUAAUCCCAACCAGACCAAGGUUGAUUUGUCGAAAGAAAGCCAAGUCUGGCACUACCUCGGCAAGACCUCAACGGAGGCGAAGGCACAGUACUCUGAUGAUCCCGCCAAGCAGCUGCACAACCCUAAGAGCAAUUUUCUUGACACUAUUCCGAAGCCUCCUAAGCCUGUUUCCGCAAGCACGUCGCAUCGCAGGGUGUCAGCCAUUCCACCACAGCCAUCGCCAUCGCCCAUGUUUACGCUGGGGGUUGCCAAUCAGAACGGGCCAAAGUCGGAGAAGCCAUACGUUUAUAAGCCCAGGAAGCCUGUCGAAACCAACUAUGCUGGUACUGGAUCUUUCACCACCCAAAAGUUUACACCCAAAGCUUCCGCCUCUCCGAGCCCAGGGGGGCAGCAACUCCACUUCGGAUCUGAUCCUCGAUACCCGAUCCCAGGAACUCAAUUUGUUCAACAGAAGUUUGCGCCUGAUGUACAUCAAUCAUAUGUGCCUCGUCCCGCUCCGGCUGGGCAGGGUUACCACGCAACUCCGAACUCGAUGCACCGGCCAAGCCCGUACAGCACCCCAGGUCCGCAACCUGCAGGGGGUGCGCGACCAUCGCAACGAACGUGGGCGAUGCAGUCGCAGAACCCCAGGCCUCCUUUACCGCCCAGCACUUCGCAAGGCUCAACUCAGCAGAAUCAUCGCAGAUACUCUGCCGCGCCAACGCCUUCUGUCGCUAUGAAGUAUGCAUUCUUCCAGGUUCACCACAAUAGGUCAGAACUCCCCAAACCCAGCAAGUUCAUCAAUAUUACUCACACACUUAACAGAGACUCGAAGACGUAUCGAACUCCUUAUGCUCCAUGGGGAGGAUUCACCAAUGGAUAUGAAGGUAACCUGCGAGCUCAUCUUAUGCGAACGUCUCCAGAGGCAUUCUUCAAGAACCGGCAAGGCUCCGUUCAGGGAGGCAUUCCGACACCCGCUCCAACUACCGGUCCGAAUGGACCUGCUUACGGCGACCCAUACCAUAACACACUGACAAAUAUGAUGCCACAAGGCUCUAUUGACAUGUAUGGUGUCAAAACAACGGCCCCUUACUCCUCACCAAAGUCACAGAUGCCUCAGAAUCCCACAAGGACGCAGUUUCACUCAUCGAUAUCUCCAUCCCCUGCACCAGGCGGCUCUCAACCCAGCUCGAAUGGUCAAAGUCAGGAUUGGCAUGCACAGCAGCCACAAUUGGCGCCGCUACACCCAGCGAUUCGGCCACAGUACGGAGUUUGGGCGAACAAGCCACAACAGCAUGCUCGGCAUGCUCAAUCGGCACAACAGCAACCCUCGCAACAGCCUAUUCCACAGCAGACUCCGCAACAGUCUCCUGCCUGCCAGUCUCAACCUACGCAGACGAAACCUCAGGCUGCAGCAAAGUCCGCUGCGCCGAAGGUGCAGUACAAAAUCCCCGAGAAGCAGACACCGGUUCCCUUGCCGGCCAAGUACCUGGCGGCUAUGGGCAAAAUACCCUCGGCCGCCACUCCGUCCAAGGCCAGCUCGUGUUCAACCGGGGCGUCUUUCCAAAGCACGACAUCAUGCCCGGCUCCUAGCUCGGGAAAGGGUGCAAAUCGGACUGCCUCAACGGCAACCGUUGAGGGCUCUUCAGUGCAAGCCAAUUUUCCUUUGCAGGCGCCAACAACGUCAGCUGGUCCAAUGAUAGAAACCGCACCUCGCCUCGCUCAAAGUGCCGUGCCAGUGCCGCCCACGCCGGUCCUGGCUCCAACCUCUCGAAUUCCUUUUACGAACCAAUCAGUGACUACGGCGUUCCCUCGACAGCCUACGCAGCCUAAUCUCCAGGCUUACAAGACGCCGUCGACCCAGCCGUUCACUUCGUCUGUGAAUCAAUCCCGGACUGAGCAUCACUCUCUCAACCCGGCGGAGAUCUUGGCCCAGAUUGCUACCCAACCGCGCAUGAACCCGCCGACUCCCACAACAACUUCACAUCAGUCGAUGCCGUCGCCGGUAGCGCCGCAGACAACUGCCACGCCAGCAUACCAGAACCAUGGUUCGAAUUGGGGAGCGACGCAGCAGCAGCAGCAGCUGGCACAGCAACCCCAAGCCUGGGCACCUUCGCCAGGACAUUGGCAGCAUCACCAACACCAGCAAUAUCAUCAGCAUCAGCAGCCGCAGCAAUACCAACAGCAGUAUCAGCAGCAGCAGCAGCAGCAUCCGCCGCCGUCGCAACAACACUAUACGCAAGCGCAGCCGCCGUACCUCCCACCCCAGCAAGUUCCUGAAGCCGAUGUGCCUCUACCCGAAGUACCCGCGGACUCGACGGCCCUCGUCGAGAGGAUGAUGCAGAAUCUCCGCCGCGCUGCGUUUCAAAGCUGA